GGCUGUGAUUGGCUGCCAGGCAGUUUGCUGUGACCCCAGGAAAACGUGCGUUCUCAUUGGCUGGUUUGGAGUGUUGGCUCCGCCCCGCGGGAAGAUUUGAAAACGGCUUUGUAGAGGAAGCGAAGAGACGAGAGUGAAAAGUACAAUUAGGCAGACAUGGCUCCCAGGAAAAGAACCACCAAACAGAGGAAGAACAACCCAAAGUCCGCUAAACUGGAAGCUUUUCUGGAGGAUUUCGACCUCGAAGUAAAAACCAGAGUGGGCCAGAUGAAGGAGAAGAUCAACCAACUGCUGAAGGAUGUGGACAACAGCUACAACAUGGCUCUGAUCAAACUCCCCAAAGCUGUCCGGCAGACGUCCUGGAUGGAGCACUGCAAGUGUGACAAACCAAAGGCUCCAGAGGUGGAUGAUGUGAAGCAGAGAGAAGAAGAAGCUGCUAUGGUUGAAAGCGUCGUGGCUGAAGAUCACGCAGUACUGCUGAAAACUGUUAAAACGUCCAAGAAAGGCAGAACCAAGUCCAGCUCUGAGGAUGAAAACACUCCCAGUACGACCAGGAAGGGUAAAGCCACCAGAAAGCCUCCAACCACAUCAAAACGAGCCAAAGCACUGACGGUCAGCAAGCAGAGCACCUCCAUCAGACGGUCUAACAGGAAGCCUCUGGUGACUCCUGCCAGAAGUAUUCUGGAUUCUUCUCUGAUGAUGGGAACGACUCCUCUGAUCACCCCUCGCUUCGACCCAAGGCUUCCUAAAACUCCUGCAGUGAGAGUUCCCCGUCACAAAGAGAGAGUGUACAGCAUCUCAGUGAACGGUUCUCCCAUCGCAGCCGGAGACGACGACAUCGUCAUCAACGUUCCCGUCGGCAACGGAGAGAGCAUCCAGCUGCUGGCCAGUCAGAUGGACUCGGUCGACUUGUCUCUUCUGGAUGAAACGGCUCUGAAGAGCAUCCGGCUGCUGCAGAAUCGCCUCACCUCCCUGUGUGGGACGUCAGACUGACCGACCGACUCGUCUUUAUUUACAGGCUCUGUUCUGGUGGGGUGUUUUUUUUUUAAUAGAAAAAAGCAGAUUUAAAAUCUCUAAACAUGAUCCAGGACUUUCCCUUUCAGCUCAGUCAGCAGCUGCCGGAUGUUUAAAUGUUGCUCAGAGUGAAUUAUUCUUUUCACUUAUUUACCUUUUUAUCCAUUCCUUUUACUUUUAUGGGUAUUUUCUGCUGCUUUAGUGGCUUUAGGUUGAAUCCUUGGAGGAAUUCUGUCUCGUUCUAUUUCUGGCCAGUCUGACUUCUAAAGUCUGGAUUUUAAGCUUCAUGAUUGUUUAGAUAAUCUCAAACUGAAAUGUGUGUAAAGUUUUAUCUUCUUUGUUUUUAAGUUAUCCUUCAAUCUGAUUUAGUUUUUUUCUAUAUGAUGUUGUCCUGCAUGUUUCUAUAAACCAGCUUGUAGUUAUUGUUACUGGUGAAAAUACAGACUGCAUGUACGUAUUCUCCUCUUUAUAUCUAUAAAACUGAUAAAACAUUUGGAAACAUGA